AUGAAUUUUAAGGUAUGCAAUAUAAUCAUUGAUAGUGGUAGUAGUGAAAAUAUUGUCUCUUCUAUGAUGGUUAAAAAAAUAGAUUUGAACACAAGCCUACACCCUCAUCCAUAUCAAAUUUGUUGGAUCAAGAAGGAAAUAAAAACUAAAGUUUUAGAAAUAUGUUUGAUAAGUCUUCAUUAUCAUGAGUUAAUAACUAUUAAAUAAUAUAGUUUUAGCCUUAACUCAUGAUAAAUAGACUUAUAUUUAUGUUACAGUGUGAAAAGUAGUUUUCAAUUAAUUAACAUGAAUUUUUGGGUAAUUAUGUGAUUUUAUAUGAUUUUUAUAGUCUUACUUUUGAGAUAAAUAAAGAAUAAGAAAUAAAAAUAAAAAUAUUACAAAAUGGUGGGACCCACUAGCCAGUUGGGCCCACAAGCGGGUUUGAAGCGUAAUUAGGGAGUAGUCAUGAGUAGGGGCUUGAGCAGCUUGGCUUGGACCGAUAGGGGCACGUGUGCAGCACUCCCCUUCCACGUCACUAGUGGCCAACCGGUUGUGGGGCAAGGAGUGGUCAUACACGUGAGAGAAGUGACUUUGGUUAUAAAGCUAACAUUACUAUAUAUUCACCCAAAAAAUCGGUGCACAAUUGAGGUAGGACUAAACCCACGUCACACCUUCCUUAGAAGAGGCGGGUGACCGGCGCGGGUUCGAAUCCUUCUAAAGUCAAAAUUUAUAUAUUUUUAUCUGAUUAUCAUGACUUUCCUGCAUAUCGCCGGUGAAGGAUUAAGCAAUGAAAAUCGCUAGAUCAUCGGUGAAAAUCUAGUCAACACGAUUCGCGAAGCAUUGCUACUAAAAUUGUUAAACGAUUCGUGAUAAAAGGAUCGCGAAUCCAUUGAGUAAAUCAUCGACGAACAAGCCGUUGUUGGGAAGAGGACGAUCUAUUGGGAGAUGAGUCGCCACCUCCUGAGAGCAUACCAGAUAUGAUGAAGAGCCUCCUCUUACUACACGGACCUAAGGAUGAAGCUCCCUAACAUACGCCCCACCUCCAUCCAGCUCCUCUCCAUUGGGUGACAGUUGCCAGAGAGCCACAAAGUUGCUAUUUUUCCACUCUGCCGAGUGACAGCCGCUAGAGAUGACUCGAUGACUCAUUUCAUUGAUCUUUAGACUUUGCGAGAAGAUCUAGAGAUUGUCCAUGUUGUCUUUGUCCAAUGAGAGACUUUGAGGCUGUGGACACUACACAACAAUCUUCCCAAAAGCUCAGGAUUCCGAUACAUUGCCGACGCAUUGCCAUUGCAACGCUAGAACUCUAUUUUACUACUUUCAGCUUAAUUUUCGUUGCAUUUAGUGAUAAUUUAUUGAUUUUAAAUUUACCAACAUAUACUUCAUUUCAUUACGAUUCUUCUGUCUUUUACCGAUCUUAAUUUGAUCAAUUAAAUCGUCUAUAAUCACUUAUGUAAGAAUCACCGGGUGGAACUCUAUUUCUGUCCGAUUCGCAUUUGCCAGGUGCUGAUGUCAUUAUGACGUCCGCACCCUUAUUUCCCUUUUUUGUGAAUUUUAAAUAUAUUUAUUUUUCAUUUUGUAGUAUAAAAUUCAUAGAAAAUCAUAUUCAUUGAGAAAAAUUCUGAAUAAUUACUAGAUAUUAUAUUACAGCCUUGUGAUCGACUUGGAAAAUUACCGCUAUUUUUGAAAGUUUUCUUAAAUUAUAAUUUAUAUAUUUAUUUAGAAAUACUUCUAAAUAUUUAAAAAUUCAUAUUUUCUAGUUUUAUAAAUUUUAGAUUUACGUGAUUUAAUAUACAAUGACUAAGUCACAUCAAUGUCUAAUCAAAUUUUCAAUUGAUAACACUUAUUUUGAUGAAGUACAAUGUGAUGUUGUUGAGAUGGAUGCUUGUCACAUAAAAUUAGGCCGACCAUGGUAA